ACAGGCCAAGAAGGCACGCGAUAAUUGACCUCGGCUCGAAUCCGGAUCUUCUCGGACUCCCCCUUCGGCCUUCCAGUGCCGCGAUCCCCUUUCCUCUUUCCUUUCCUUCUCGAGAUCCUCGGCGGAGAACGAGGCGCCGACCAUCCCAUCCCAUGAUCCCAUCUCCCCUCCCCUUACCCUUCUCCAAUUCUAGAUAAAGCUCCCGCCCUCAAUACUGAUCCAUUAGGUCGCGCUGCGUGGAACCAUGGGCUGCGCUGGAUCCACUGCUGCCAAAGUAGAAGAAAAUACUAAGAAAAUACAGAAACCAAAACCCUGGAAACAUCCUCAGACAAUUACUCCCACACAGCUUAAGCAAAUGCGCGAUGAAUUUUGGGACACAGCCCCUCAUUAUGGUGGCCAAAAAGAGAUAUGGGAUGCGCUCAGAGCUGCAGCAGAAGCUGAUUUAAAUCUUGCUCAAGUUAUAGUGGACAGUGCAGGAAUCAUCAAUUCAAAUGCUGACUUGACUGUUUGUUAUGAUGAAAGAGGUGCUAAGUAUGAAUUACCAAAAUAUGUUCUGAGUGAUCCUACUAAUUUAAUUCGGGAGAACUAACAGGAGAUUGAAGCACUAAAACUCGAAGUGCAACAUCGCUGUAAAUCUUGUAAAUGACUCAUCUUUCUGAAUUUGCCAAAGUCCAAUUUUAUCUUGUGUAACUGGAUUCAAGAGUUAACUCGUCAAGUUCAUCAAAGCUGCUAAGGUCGCUCUUGUUUGUUUUCAACAGUUAAAAGUUCACGUGCUCUGAUUACCAAAGUUUAAUCUAGUUGUUUCAUUGUCUUAAGAACUUGUAUUUACAUUUGGAGUGAAAUGUUAAAUGCUCUCUAAUCUGGCAAGCACGCACGCCCCUUGCUAUUUUGGAUAUUUGAAUAUUGCAUUUGAACAUAAAGAAUAUCGGAGAUUCUGGACUUUUGCUAUCA